CAACCACCCCAAAUUAAAAAGAUGAGGGGAAAUUUCCAGGGAAAUCAGCUUCCCACCCCCCUCGAACUCUCAGGCCUCCCUACAUCUCCCCCUGCUCCUAGUCAGGUUGACCUGAUUGGACUGGGGGUACUAAACUUUCCUGAACAGAAAAGAGCCAGGCAAGGAGGCAGGAGGGACAGAGUGAGCAGAGGAGGCGACAGGGCAGGACAGAGAGGAGAAAGAGAACCGGGGCAAAGUGAAGGUAAGGAGGUGCAGAGAGGAAUGAAAGAGAGGUGGGCAGCACUCGGACGUUCAGACAGAGGGAACCGCCCCGGGAUGAGGUUAGGGUCCCGGGGCCAAAGAAUAGCAGCCCCCGGGAGGCGGGCGGGGUGCAGUCGGAAGCGGGCUGACUCCUACCCCCGCCGCCGCCGGCUGCUUCUGCUAGAGGGGUUGGGGGGGAGAGCGGGUGGGUCCCCCCGCACGACGGCCCCCGCAGGGCUCAAGGCUGCUCCGUCUCCCCCCCUCCCCCCCACCCGGCUUCCGUCCCCGCGGCCGCUUUCUCCUCAGUCGCUGCGGCCGCGUUCUGCUCAGCCGCCGCCUCCUCAGCCGCCGGUACCGCCGCGGCCGGACUCACCUCCCCUAGCAAAGCCGGAUAGAGCGGAGCCAGCGGCGGACACGCGCAACCAGCCGCCAAGGCCCCGCCCCCGCCUCACACUGACCGGCUGCCCUAGCCAAUCCACGCCCACCUGUCCGCAUCCGCCUCCAAUCCUGGGCCGGGAGCUUCAGACAGGCGCACUGUUCGGCCAGUGGCAACAAGGUGCGCAGGAAGCUGCGUGCUGAUCCCGCCUGCAAGAGCUGGAAGAGAGGGUGGAAUGAAAGAACCAAUAAUGAGCUGGGGACCAAGAACAGAGCAACCAAUCCUUGGCUUCAAGAUGAAGGGGGCUGGGACUGGGGCCAGAUAGAUACUUGAUUUGACAAAUGGAAGGAAAGAUUGAUCUCAGUCCCACCUUUCAGAUCUCCUAUAGGUCAGGAUUGUGGAGAAUUCGCUGUCAUAUCAGCG